AUGCGUACCUUUUUCAUUGCCAGUUUAGCCUUUGGCAUCAGCACCACAGCCAAAGAUCUGGUAGAAAGGCGGCUACCUUCUCUUAUCGUACCCCUGAGCAAAUACCAGGCCGAUGUACCACAGAAUACACAGAAGAAAGUCUACAUUGAUCAUAACAUUUUUACAGAGGUCUCAUUCGACGUACCGAGCAACAAUGCUACAGAAUGCAAACUCGGCUUUUAUAUCAAUACCGAACCCACGCGAGGUGCUCCCUGGACAAUCUGGGGCGAAGCGCCGUACCUGUUCGACGUACUGCGAUUGCGACCCAUCAUGAACAAAGAUGCAGAUACAUGGAAUCGGCACCCGGAGAUCGACGGUUGGGCGGCGACGGUUGAGGUAUCCAAAUCAGGGGAUGUGAACAUCUUUGGUGGACGCCUGCCAUGCGUGAAGGGAGAGGCGGCACAGUUCUUGUUGACCCCAGGUAGUGAACGGGACUUUGGUCUCAAUUGGUUCGAGCUGAAGGAUCCGCUGCAUGGUAUAACCUAUGAGAUGUACGCUUAGAUCCCGGUGGCCCUCUCUCACAUCUUGUAGUUCUGCGCGGGACCUGUUACUAAAACUAGCUGAUUGUAAUGCAAUUUCAUUUCUACUUUCAUAAACAGCGGGAACGGUUCAUCAAUAUGCAAAUUGUUUUUAGCGCCAGAAAGGGCGGCAUGCCUCUUGGCUUGUGUCUAUUCCGUCGGAGGCCAAUGAUAUCCCGAUAAGGCGUUCCAUGUCAUUUCAGGAAGUUGUCGAUUCUACGAGCUUCUACAAUGUUGCAAAAUGUAAUGACAAUAGCAAUGACAUAAUUUUGUCAGAGGGGCCUGUUCGCUCGAGUAUGCAGCUUACGAGCAUUUUGAGUGGGAAUUCUGUGAGUCAAAACCCAUGUUGCGGAUCGGCUUGACAUGAUUCUGCACAUCUAUGUUGGACUACUGCU